AUGUACAUUCUUAAUGACUGUUUUGCCCAAACUGUCCAGGUUGGUACUGUGACGGUUCCUAAUAUUAUCCCUAUUAUAUCUAUUGAAAUUCUAUUGCAUGGUUAUGCAAAUUUGUACUGCUUUAAUCUUUAAUGACUACUAUUAAGUUAGUUCACUCUCAUUUACUGAAUAUUAAGUUAGCUCGCUCUCAUUUACUGAAUACUUAAUUUGCUCACUCUUAAUCACUCUCGGCCGCUCUCAAAAAGCCGGGUCGAACGGUCGGUAUAUUACUUCUCAGUUAGGCAAUUAAUUUUUUCUAUGACAAGCACAUUUGUUUUUCGAAACCUAAUGACAUGCUAGCUUUUAAAUAAUGUAUUUUGCUUCUAUCAUCUCACAAAAUGACUUUUUAGAAAUCGACCAGAAUUUGUUUAUUUCCGUGUAUAACUUUUCUUUUAAUGUAUAUUCAGAAAAGUAUGCUGAUCCAGCCUAUUUUGGAAUUUCAUAUGGCAGUUCAUCGCGAGCCGAAACCGUAAGUGCUAAAAUGCUUGGUUUACGUAAAAUAUUGCCGUUAAUUUAUCAUAUAGUCUACCAAGAUAUGACGAUUUCUCGCGAGUCUUCAUGUGAUAUCUCGUGUGAAACUAAUAUAAUUAGAAAAGACGAAGAGAAAUUCCGCUCUGCGCGCAAAAUUCCGCCUAGUUGUCUGAGUUUAUGUUAAUUUGCAGACAUUUGAAAACAUUUUUUUGUUUACUUUUUUUAUAAUCGACAGCCACCGAUCAACUCAAGAACUGGUUGUAUUGCCAACGGUUGUGUUGGAGAAUGUCUAAAUGCGUCUGACAUUGCUGCGCCAUUGGAUGUGCAAGAUGUAAGUUUUAAUAUCGCGCAAUUCACUGUACGGCGAUAAGAUCUGCUUUUAGGAUAAAAACCGAGAGAGAUAGUUUUCAUUGAAAUUUAACACUAUAAUUGCGCAGCAUGAGGUCUUGAUUUUCAAUAAAUAAUUUUGUCCUGUAUAUAUAAUUCUAAAUAUCACGAUUUGGGGCAUGUCACUCCCAUAAUUCCAGCUAUAGACCAAAUUUUGAUCUAGACAAGAAGGACGAAAUCCAACAGCACAGCUAGAAAGAGCGACUAAUUAGAAUGAGUAAAACUGCAAUGAUUGGUUGCUAUAUGGUGUAAAAUGAAGAAAAUAUGGCCCCGUGAAGUUCGCAAAUUUUGUACAUAUUUGUAUUACGCGUGGUAAAAAUGGCCACUUUCCGCUCAAAAAUGGUUAUUCUUACCGCGCGUAAUACAAAUAUAUACAAAAUUUGAGAACUUCACAGAGCUAUAUUUUCUUCAUUUUACAAAAUUUAGCAACCAAUCCUUGCAAUUUUACUCAUUCUAAGACGCGCUGUCUAGCUGUAAUGUUGGAUUUUGUUCUUCUUGCCUUGAUCAAAAUUUAGUCUAUAGCUAGAACUGCAUAUAGCAUUUUAUACAUUUAUUAGAACUAUCCAUGCAGGAGCAGUUGCGAAAAAUAUAACUAUAGAGCGUUCGCACAUGACGUCACAGCCGCCAUGUUGGCGUUCCAAUUCAAAAGUAUAUUAAUUAGACUCUUUUGUCUGGAACACCAACAUGGCUGCCAUGGCUUUUGCCGAGUUGGUCCGUGGGAAAUGAGUACAUGCAAACGCUCCAUACGCGCUGUCAACUGCAUGAGGUGCCUGGAAUCCUGAUGUUUAUUCAUACACCUGACAUCGGCAUCACCUUAGUAUGUACAGCUCAGCGAUGUUUUGCUAAUUGUAGAAGUGGGGCGACGCUCUUGAAAAUCAAAUGGGCGUGGUCACUCGAUUGGGCAUGGCCUCAUGCAUAGUAAACACGCUGUCGCAAUAGCACAUACGCUGUCGCAAUAGCUUAAUCUUUGAGAUGGAUUUAGCAGAACAUGAUACCUAAAAAACACCUAGCUUGCUCGCAGUAGAUGCCAAAAAGUAAAUAAAACCACGUUGACUUUCGAAUUUCGAUGAUGGAAUUAGCGCUAUGCGAGCACUGAGUAUGCAGCAAGCUGGCAACUCGGCAACUUUGCAAGUUAAAUAUGACAUUUACGCGAGUAACUAAAUAAGCUUAGGUAAUAAAUAUCCUUGAAUUUUUCCCAUUUAAUCAUGUUAAUGUUCUUAUUGAUCAUGAAUCAUUUUAUGUUCCGAUUGAUCAUUUUAAUGUUUAAUGACUUAUUUCGCGAUAGAGUAAUUAUAUCCUGCUGGGCUGCUGCCUGACGUUAUCCGCGCUUGUGACAAUAAGUACUUAUCUAUGCGGACGUGAAUUAUCAGACUCUUUUGUGCUAGUCUGCUAGAAUUUUCUGCAAGUAUAUCAAGUUUCAGGGAGAUUAAAAUAGUGAGAAAGUUACGUUCGAAAGUAUUUCUACGUAGGAUGCGAAGCAGUUAUUGUAUAAAAAAUAACACGUAUGUAGUACAACGUUUGUACAAGUGAUAGCCAAAAUUAUUUGGACGGUGUCAAACGGCGUUCACUGAGUUUCGCUCAUAUUUAAUCCCUGCCAGGGGGAACGCCGGUUCCCCCAUGUUUGGUUUUGGCAGAGGGGACGCCGUUCCCCUGGUAAGAAAGGUGGGGAACGGCGUUCCCCCGCGUCCCCCCUGGAAAACAUCACUGGUACAGCUAUUUUAAUUAAGGUUAACGUUGUUCCCCAGCAAUGAAAUUAAUUUUUAGCGAUUCCUAGCAAGCCUUUCGCGCUCGUAUAUAUUCGACUUUUCCGCUUUGCUGGGGACAACCUUAAUUGAAAUAGCUUUAUAUAUACAUCAACUUGCCAUUAAUUAGACCUCGAAAACUGGCCUCUGUAGCUCAAGUGGUUAGAGCACUGUACCGGAAUUGUAUGGCCGCAGGUUUGAUUCCCUCCAGAGGGCCAAUAUAGUUGCAUUUUUCGCGACUACUACUAUCUGGUUAGGUCUAAUGAAUGUAUAAGAUUUACAAAAUUUUAUUUCUACAAUGUAUACCGCACCCUAUACUUGAAAUUUGUUUCUGCAAUGUAUACCACACCCAUUUUCCAUCUUUCUCAAUUAAUUUUGCUUAAAUCUUAGAUCUUACUCAUCAGAUAAAUUGAUCUUAUUUCUUGUUCCAAGGACGUUAAGAUUGGACUGUAAUAUUCCUAGCAGCAUCUUUAGAUUUUAGCAAAUUAAAGCGAGAGCUUAAAGCACUUGUGACCUGUCCGAAUAAUCUAUGCAUGCAAUUAUUCAACAGCAACAAAGAGUAUCUGUGUCAAGAUGUUGCAGAUGUUUUUUAUUGCAAAUAUUUAUUGGAACCACAAGCUGCUGACCAAUAGUCUGAUGGGAUGACAUAUUUGAUUUAAAGGGCAUAUGACUCGAAAAUUGACGGUGUUAUUUUUUAGUCUUGUUUGAAAGAUAAUUGAAAACUGCAGAUAACUUCUUUGACAGAUUUUUGUUUUCUUGCUUCGUUUCGGAGAUAUUUCAUUUUGUAUGAUUUGAAGAACCAACUUUCUACGUCACACAUGCAUAAUGACUUACUUUAAAAUGUUAUAUAAUUUCGUCACUAUCAAAUAAAUUCGCCCAAAAUGAAUGAUGAGCACGAGAUUUGUCCACAACACAAGCACUUGAUUGGCUUCGCUAUUUCCAUUUCGCAACGGAGUAGAAACGAAUUCAACUACCCGGCGAAGAAAAAUAUUUUGCAGAAACAUUCCAAAAUCAUGUUGCGCAUGCGUUCAACCUUUUCGCGCGAAAUUUUUCGCAUUUCGCUCGUCGUGGAAUCCUAGCUUUAUGUGGACUUUUCUCGCAGAUUUCGGCCGAAAUGCGACCCAAAAUGGCGGCGUGAGAAAGGCUAAUUUCCAUCUACAAAAUCAUACAGCCAUUAUUCAAUCGAAUCAUGACUUACUUUUGAUACUUUUCCAUAAAGGUGGAAACCUUGAUGACGUUUCAAAGAAGUUUUUAAAUUCAAAUUGACUUAAAUUGCUUAAAAACAGUUUUAAAUUUUAAUUAAAUAGAGUGCGCGUGUGGUACAGUAGUUCCGACGCCCCUGGGAAUACUAUUAUAUUACUGUUAAUUUUAAGAACUCAAAAGUAAUUUAUACUUAAUUUAUGACUAUAGGGAACGGGUUAUUUUAUCAAAGAAUUUAUUCCUGCAUCGUCUUCUGAUAUCCUGAAAUUAUCCGAACUUCAAUUUCCUUCAUUGGCUGUUAUUACUGAACGAAUUGUCCAUGAUGAAAAACUGGAAUUGGUAUGAUAAAUUUUGAGUGAUACUACCUAAUACUUCUACAAUUUCUAAGAAUUCUUCAAUUUAAGCGGAUUGUCUCUUGUGCAUCUUAACGAUCAAUUGUUUCGGUCAUUUCAAACGAAUCUUAAAAAGGUCAAAAUCGAAAUCAGUUAUGUAAGUUGUUUUCUCGAACCAUAAAGCAGCUUACAAACUCGAUGCAACAAUUAUUUAAUGAAGGAUAUUAAUUCAUGUAAGGUUAUUCGCACUUUAUAAACUAGGCAAUAUAUACCAUAUAUAAUUACAUCUAGUCUUGCAGAUUCCCUAUAGCUUAUGCAUGCAACGUGCAGUGAUAAAAAGUUCAUAUAUACAAUUUGGUACGGCUUAAUUAGUUUCAGGAAAAACAUGUUACAGGUCUGCAAACAAGUUGUUACAAGUCUGUUCAUAAGCUGUCGUCAAGUUGUGUUUGUACUGCUUGUUCCCAGUUGUUGUAACAAGUUUGGAACAAGCUGUUAACAACUUGUAACAAACUUGAUGUUGUUAACAGACUUAUCACAAGGUUGUUUUAAAAGUCUGGUAUAGUCAUUAUAAUCCCCGAGCCGGCGGCGCGAAGCGCCGUGCGAGGGUACUAAUUUCCCCCGGCUAUUUACACCCGGGGAAACGAAAGCAUUAGCGAAGUUUAAAGUUCAUCAAUGAGCGCGGGCGUCGGUCACCAACGAUGGGUGGUCAUCCUCACUGAUCUCAAAAAUAUGGCGGACUGUCAUGAAUAACGGACACUGAUUGGUCCAAUUUAAAGUUUGCAUUAUAACGGCUGCAUGACGAACAGCGAAAUAACAAACAUUUCUUGAUUUGAUGAGUUGAUGAUUGAUAAAUUUCUUGCAAAUAUUCUUCAUUUUUGCUCGUAUUUCUGCAAGAUUUUGUAAAUUUCAAGAAUGAAAGGGCGAAAUAAUCAGCUAAAAGAAGGGAGCCGACGUUAACGAAGGUAAGUUUACUUUAAAUAUUGAUUUUAUAAUGGCUUUAAAACCCGACGGCCUUUGCGUAUAUGAAACAACUAAACAAGAUAGCAUAUAAUUUCAGUGUAUCUUUAAUAUUGAUUCCCUUUUUUAUUAUAUUGAAUUUUUUAAAUAAAAAAUAAAGCAAAGUUAUUUGCAAGCGAGAAUUUGAAAUCAUUUUAUUGCAAACUCAAAGUUUAUCGAUAAAGCCAUUUAAUAGUUAAAGGCAGUUUAGUUUUAUAAAGAACACUUUAAAACGUUUUGUGAAUUGUUUGUGGUUGAAUUUUACCUUAAAUUGAAGCUUGUAUUACGUAGAUACAUACCUAACAUAUAUAUGUUGGGAAAUUGAUAAUUUUGUAAUUAAAAGUGAUAUUUUUAGGCGAUUUUCAUUUGUAAGAAUAUUCUUAAAAAAUUAUCGUGUUACCAUGACAACUACUUUAGAUACUUCAUGUUCGGAAAAUACAACGGUUUUGUCAGCAAGGCGAGGGUUUCUGCAUGCAUGUAUUUUCUAGUAUAUAGGUACUAGGUAGUGACAAUUAAUAAUGGUAAUUGCACAGCUGAGUGGAGUGCAAUUUGGUCUGAAAUCAAACGCGUGAUUACAAAAUCACAGGACCGCGAAGCUGGGGUGCGAUUUGUAAUCACAAGUUUUGAUUUCAGACCAAAAUUGCACGACACGAAGUGCAAUUUCCACUUUAUGAUAUUCAUUUUAAAAUCUUAAUUUUAAACAAUUUUGUAAAACGGAAACAGUUUUUUUAAAAAAGCUCCUGUUACUACCCUAAAUGCCGUAGCGUAGCAACAAGCGAACAAAUUGAACUUUCUUUAAAUCUCGAAUCGUUUUACCAAAAAAUGAAGAAAUUUACAAGAACUAAAAGACAACCAAUGUAAGUUUAAAAAAUACUAUAUUGGUUUAACAUUAAUGCAAUAUAAUUUUAAUGCAGUUUGUUCAUUCAAACGACAUCAACAAGUUAUACGAUGUACGGAUUAUCUUGUUUGUUUUUCUUCCUGUCGCUUUAUCAAGUUGCUUUUUGUUGGUAUUUUCGCCAUGUUUCACAAAGAUUUUUUCCUAAUAUGUCCAUAAUCAUUUGGGCAUUGUUCAACAGUUUUUAUAUGCAAAAGAUUGGCCAUCAUAUUGGCAAUACUCUGAUUUUUUUAUUUUACCCAAUUUGCCAGAUCAAAUUUUUCUUAAAAUUGACAGGCUAUAAAAUGAUUCUAAACUUUACUUUGAUUGGCUAGCUAAGAUCACCACUUCAAUAUGAUUGGUUUAAAAAAUUAUGCGAUUACCACUCAUACUGAUGCAAGCAAAGCUCAAAAUAGUGCGAUGACAGCUCUAAAAUAAUGCAAUUUGGGCCGUCAUCACACUUUUCUUAUCCAAUCAGAUUGCUCGAAUCGCGCGUGAUUUCAAAAUAAAUAUAAUAAAUAUUGUUAUUUCAUAACUGCAUCGGACUUGUUAAUAAUAAUAAUAUGACUUUAUUUAAGCACGAUAAUUUUUAAAGCAUAAGCUUGUGGAGUCGUGCACUUAGAGAUAUAUACAAAAGUUAUGAAUUACAUAUAAGAAUUAAUUAUACUAUCUAUUUACUAACUAUGUCUAUAAAAAGACAAAGUCUUUGAAGGUGACAACCUUGCAACAAGUCUGAUUAUAUCAACGAUUAUGGUUGUUAUAAGUUGUUAAACAGCAGCCUAGACCUAGGCCUUCUAGUCUUAUUUACAUUUUUUUAAUAUUCAGCGCUUUUUCACAUGAAAAGACUGGGACUAGAUGAUUUGGGGGCGGGGCGGAGGAAGCAAGCCUAGAAGGCCUAGUGGAUUUCCCAACAACAAGGCCAAAACUGCCCUGAAACUGCUCUGGUUGCGAAAUGCCCAAUUAUUGCGUUCUCAAACAGAAUUAUUUGCAACUUAACGCGAAUUUAAACCGAUACAGGUAAAAUAAACUCAUUUAUAGUAUAAACUUACUAUUUUUAUUUGUAUACACGUCUAGAAAAUCGGGGUUUUUAUCAUAAAGUUCGAAGCAACACUAUUAUUUAAUAUGUUGACAAGGUGUAGCGAAAGCACAAAAUGAGUCAAAAUAUAUACCAAAAGUAGAAUCUUUCAUGAAAUUUUGUCUUAUACACAACUACGUACAUUAGUAUAUAUAUUUUCUCAAUUUUGGCAAGAAGCAGUCUUGUGUUUGUAAAAUAUACAAACACAUAUACAAUUAUAAUUUAUUAAAUAAAACGGAUACAUAUAUUAUUAGCCCGUACAGUACUGUAUAUAAAAACGUACAUUGUUUACUAUGGGUAUAUCCGUAAUAUUUGAACAAUAAUUUCAAAAUCCUCAUUCCCAAUUCGCAAAUAUAGCUAUUCAAAGCAAAACAGUAGAUUGUCUUGCGAAUAAAAGAAUUAUUAUUUUGUGCUUUCGCUUCACCUUGUCAACAUAAUAAUAGUGUUGCUUCAAACUUUAUGAUAAAAAACCCGAUUUUCUAGACGUGUAUACAACUAAAAAUAGUAAGUUUAUACUAUAAAUGAGUUUAUUUUACCUGUAUCGGUUUAAAUUCGCUGUUAAGUUGCAAAUAAUUCUGUUUGAGAACGCAAUAAUUGGGCAUUUCGCAACUAGGGCAGUUUCAGGGCAGUUUUGCCCUUGUUGUUGGGAAAUCCACUAGGCCUUCUAUUUUUUCGCUUGCGUCAGGCUUGUGUCCUUCCUCCGCCCCGCCCCCAAAUCACCUAGUCCCAGUUUUUUCAUGUGAAAAAGCGCUGAAUAUUAAAAAAAUAUAAAUAAAAAUAGAAGGCCUAGGUCUAGGCUGGUUAAACAGCUUGUCCCAAACUUGUUGACAAAUUGAGACAAGCAGUGCGAACACAACUUGUUGACGGCUUGUUGGAAGACUUGUUACAAGAUAAAAGAUUUUUGCGUAUACAUAACGACUCGAUUGACUUCCAGUUGGCGUCCUUGUGGUAAAAAAAGUCGCAUGCUUAGGGGUUCUGUCAAUUAAUUCAUUAUAUAUGUGCCAAUUGUGUUACUAAAUGAACGCGUAUUAUUUUUAAGAUCACAGAAGUUGGUGAUAUGGGAACCUUGGAAGAAUUUAUCAAGUCAUUUGGAUGUCCUGUAGAAGAUGCUAUUACAUAUCUAUCACAAAUUGGGGAGGCCGUGUUGUUUCUGCACAACAGGAGAUUCAUACAUCGAAAUCUGCGAGCAGCAUCUAUCUUUAUUGAUUCGAAUGGAAAUGUGAGUCAAUUUUUUAAUGCUUGUACGGUAGUUUUCAUUAAAGUGCCUAUAUCACUUGUGGGACCUUUAUGGACUUGAAAAGAGCGUAAAAAGUUAGUUAAUAAGUUCAAAAGAAUUUUUUGUUUUAGUGCAAUAGUUUUGAAGAUAUAGUCCUUUAAACAACGGACUGUUCCUGAGUCCCAGCCUCCUGGGCUCUAAACACGGCUAUUGAAUUUCGCCUUUAAUUUUCGAAACUGUCCAUUGUCAAUAGGAGCCUGAGACUCAGGAACUGUAGGUAGUUUAGAGGCCUGUAUCUUCGAAAUUAUUGCACUAACUCAAAAAAAUCUUUUGAACUUAUUAACUACCUUUUUGCGCUCUUUUCAAAUCCAUAAAGGUCCCACAAGUGAUAUAGGCACUUUAAAUUAGCGUGCGAACAUUUUGUUGACACAUAACUGAUUACACAUGCAUGAGUGGAUGUAUAUAUAACUUAGCUCGAGUGUAUAUGACUUAGUCUUGUAGUAUUCGUACCAGGGUUACAGGAAAUGGGCUUAUACUUUUCCACUAGAGAACUAUAUUUUUUGCUAUUUUCACCUUUAUUACAUUCGUUUUGAAAUCAAUGGUGUUUUCUGCCAUUUGAUUGGCUCCUAAUAGUGCGAUUUCACCAAAAAUUGCAGUCAUAGCAUUAUUAGCAGUGCGAUUCGUGGUAAAAAUCGUGACCCUUUUUUAAUCAAUCCGGUGCUAACCUCUGCCAACUAAUCAAAUUUAAUCAUAUGAUUAAACCAGCCAAUCAUUUUUAAGAAAAAUGUGAUAUGGCAAAUCCGCAAAUGGGCAAAAUAAAAAAAAUCAAUACGCCAUAAGUUUAGUACUUUUGACCACUAGGGCGAUUUUUGGACAUGAAAACAAGAAAUAUGGAUAGUUAAAUUAUCAAUAGGAAAACGGGGUUAGAAUCUUUUAUGAAACAAGCUCAAAAUGUCAACAAAAUCAACUUUAAAGUAUUGGGCAUGACAAGAUAAAGUUAUCUUUUGUAGUUUCCAUGUAUCAACCCACAUAUCCCCACUAAAACUAUAUAAAAUUUUUCGUAAGACUUUUAAUAUGUCUAAACUUACUUGUACUGUCUUUUAUUCUUCAUUACAACCUUUCUCUUCAGAAUUUGUGCGAUAAAAAAAUUGAAAUUACUUCGAAUUGUUGCAACGCAACGGCAUUAAUGGAUAUAUGGAACGGAGAGGGAUGUGUUCUUUGUAAACAAGAAUAAUGUUUAAUUGUGGCUUGCAAGAAGGUUUUAUAUUUCAAAAUGAAUGUGGUAAAGCGGAUGUUCGUGUCGCGUAAUUUUGGUCUGAAAUUGCACUCCGGCUUCGUGCAGAUCGUGCAAAUUUGUAAUCACGCGUUUGAUUCCAAACCAAAAAUACACGAUACGAAGUUCAAUUACUAUUAUUAAUAUUUGAGUAAACAAGUAAUCAUUUUAUUUCUGCGGAAGAUGUGACUAAAUUUAGUGUUAAUUGUAGACAAAACUGGCAUGUCUUGGACGAGUAAGAAAGGUGAAACCUAAUCCGGACGACCUGUUUUCCACAAUGCCAAUCAAGCUUUCAAUGUCUGACGAUUCUCUGAGAUGGUAGGUGAAUUUGUUUAAAGAACUCUAACCCAGAUAUACCCUGUGCUCUGACUAUCUCAGAUACAUCUUCCCGAUUAUUUAAUACCCCCCCCCCUCUAGAAUUUGACUUUUAAAAAAAUAAAUAAUCAAAUGCUUGGUAGGGGCUGGGAGAUAGAAACCACAGUAAAAUGUCCUGCCAUAUGGCAGUCAUGGUUCUCCAAAUUUUGUUUAAUAUAUUAUUUAACAAGUUUAUUCAAUGAAAUGUUAUAGAAAUUGACUGGUGUUUUCCAACAAAACCCCGAAUAAUAAUUGUGAUGUUCCGUAGCUAGCUCAGCCACAUGUUAUAGCUCAACUGUAAUUUAUAAUUAUCCCGACUCUGAAUUUACUUUUUGGACUAAAAACAAACGUCGCGCAUACGACUCCCCCCAUGGUUAGUUUACCUGGUGUCGUCAUAGUCAGAGUAUCAUCAUCUACAAUGGUUUAUCCAAUAUGUUACUUUCGUCCCUAAGCAUUAGUUACAUUCUUUUUAGGAGUUCACCAGAAGUAAUCACUGAUGGAAUGUUCUCCAAAGCUAGUGACGUGUGGGCGUUUGCAGUGUUGAUAUGGGAGAUAUUCACUCUCAUUGACAAAGAUCUUGAUGAAAGCGAUGAAGAAAUAUCACAUCUUCCCUACCAUCAACUGACAUCCAAGGACUUGGUGAAUUUACUUCUAUUUUUGUUAUGUAAUACGUGCACUGUUAAUUUCAGGGAGUUAACUUAACUCCGGUGGAGUUAUACUGUACCUCAAUUAACUCCAAAUGAGGAGUAAAAUUAGGUUCAGAAUAAUACCACUGGUGUUAAAUUAACUCCCUGAAAUUUACAGUGUGCCAUACACUUAUUCGAUCGAGUGAUAAUCUUGAGAAAGAACAAAAACUUUCAGAAAAUCAUUUACCGAGACGUUCAAUACAAGUUUACAACGAUGUCCCACCUAUAGCGGGGUGUAUACUUCUAAGGGAAUAUGCGAAAGAUUUGACCAUUUGCAGUGACGUGGGAAGCAUCAAAAGAUUGGGGUGUACCGGUUUCUAGGGCACUUUUGGAAAUGAAGAGGGAACUUAAAACACUUUUCCCAGAAAUGUUGGUGAGGGGGGGGGGGGAUUUUCCCGUCGUACCACAUUUUAUACUUAAUAUAAUCCAUUUCUUGUGUUGGUGUAAUGUACUCAGGUGAAUAAGAUGCUUGUGAUUUUACUCUGAGUGUAUAUUCACACCGUGCCGGCUUGAAAAAUAUGCCUGGCCACGGUGGGAUUCGAACCUACGACCUCUGGAAUACUAGUCCAAUGCUCUGCCGACUCAGCUAUGCGGUCAGGUCUGUUCGAGUAUGUGAUAUUUCGAAACUGAGUCUAAGUUCCUUCGAUAAUGUAAUCUAUAGUAAUGACCUGAUCUGACCGCGUAGCUUAGUUAGCAGAGCAUUGGGCUAGUAUUCAUUUGGGUCGUAGGUUCGAUUCCCACCGUGGCCACGCAUAUUUUUCAAGCCUGCCCGAUGUGGAUACACACUCAGAGUAACAUCACACAAGCAUCUUGUUCACCUGAGAACAUUACACCAACACAGAAAAUAUCAUGAUUACUAGAUUACAUUGAUAUCGAAGAAGUUAGACUCAUUUCCAAAAUAUGACAUACUCGAACCGACCCCGCCCGCGUAGUAAAUUAAAAGUAAAUUGCCGUAAAGAAUUUAUUAAAAUUGGAAUUGGCCGUUAUUUGAUUUCACAAAAUACUUCGUUGCAAAGUUCAAAAGUUCAUAAUGAGAUUUAUAAACGAGUUUGUAAAGUAUGCAUUUGAUUGGCUUCUUUUACUUCAGGGAUCAAUCAGAGACUUUGUUUACAAAUUGGCUUGUGAAUUCCAAUAUGAACUUCCCAAUCUCGCAACGAACUGGCGAGAUUUGCAACGAAGUUCGGAACAUUUGUGGUCAAAUUUUCGUGAACUUGACAGUAAUGACAUAAACUACUUUAGAUUGUUUUGUCACAUUGCUUUCGGUGCAUGCCGGUGGAUAAUAACACCGAGAUUAAUAACACUGCGAUAAACAAUGCAAUCAUUUCAUAAUUUUUAUAACUAGUUAAAAACUGUGCCGAUCAAACUUCAAUCGCACACUCAGGUCAUGAUGACAGAUUAUCGGCACGAAUACGGGCCCACUAGCUAUCUGCAUGCCCACGUUAGUGCAGAAAUUUUAGAAUCCAAACACAAACUCUAAAUAAACAACGUGAAAAUCUAUAGUUUCUGAGCUAUUAUUUUACAAUGAGCUCUUACUUAUGUUUAAAUGAUGAAGAAAAAGAAGAAAUUGGCUUGGGGAUUAAUUUAAGAAAAAAUUCAAAAUGGCGACUCAACUGAGGAGUGUGAUUCGCUUUUCUUUUUUCACAGUCUCAUGAGGUUUAUCAAAUUAAACGUUUUUUAUAAAUAUUUAAAAAUAAACGCACUAUAAGUUCCCAGCAUUACUUUUGAAUGAAUGUAAUGUGUAAUUUCAAUAAUAAUUACCUUUAGGGAGAGGUUAUUGUAACUUUAAUCGUACAUUUUUGGUAACAAUAUUUAGAACACUGCUGUAUCUUAUUCUUAGAUAUUUCCUUACCUUAACAACGGGCAACGACUUGGCAAGCCUAAAAAUUGUCCAGACGCGCUUUACGAAAUGAUGCUCCAGUGUUGGGAAUUUUGUGCCGAAGAUCGACUAAGAUGUCAAGACGUGGUACAGCGUAUUGAGGAGCAGGUGUGCUUGAAUGUGUAUUCUUGAGAAUUUAGUAUUAAACCCACUCUUGAUAUAAGCAUAUUACAAGCAGCAAAGUCCAAUCAAAGCAAGGAAGGAUUUUUUAUACAUUUAUUAGACCUAACAGACUUAAGAUAGAGCAGUUCUGAAAACAAUGGAACUAUCGGCCGUCCGGAUGGAAUAGGGCCUGCGGUCCUGCGUUUCCGCAUUUCCUGCGUUGUCUCUAACCAAUUGAGCUACAGAGAGACAUUUUUCGAGACUCUAAAGCCGGUUUUCCACUAGGCGCAAUUUUGCGCGCGCACACAGGGGGUCCAACUAAGUGCUGUGUUAUGAAUAUGAAU